GGCUCGGGCAGAGCCGGGCGCGGGAAGGGCAGGGGCGGUGGCAGAGGCAGUGGCGCUUUGAAAGACGCUUACCUGUGCGUGCACAACCCUUCCACGGCCCUCGUGCCGUCUUCGUGAAGCUCUGUGAGAGGUUCCUGUAGACUGUCAACAGCCGUCCCUCCUUUUUGGAGGCCUGAGCGCUCACUUCCUGUAUCUGGGGAAGGAGUCCCACUACCAGAGAGGCAGAAGCUUAACUGAAAAUGGUACAUGUUAGAAGACACGAGACAAGGAAAAAUUCUAAAUCUCGAAUUGAUUGGCGUCGGACUAAAAGAAGUAUUUUUUAUGAUGAAGAGCUUGAUAGUGGUGAAAGUAUUGAUCAUGACAAAGAGCUUGGUAGCAGUGAGGAACUUGAUAGUGACAAAGAGCUUGAUAGUGGUGAAAGUAUUGAUCACGACAAAGAGCUUGGUAGCAGUGAGGAACUUGAUAGUGACAAAGAGCUUGAUAGUAGCAAAAAGUCUGGUAGUAAUGAGAUACCAGAAAAGGAAACAGAGCUUAAAUUAAUCAAAGUUGAAAGUGAGGAAAGCAACAGUAAACACCUUAUGGACACCAGUAAUAGUUCAACAGAUGAAGAAAAAAUAAACAAAACCAAACAUAAUGACUUACCAGAUGAUGAAAAUCACCCAGGUCAACCAGAGAGUGAUCUCAACAAAUAUACUGGACAAAUCAUAGAUGAGGAUAUUGAAGAUGAAUGCAUCAAGCCAGGAAAAAGGAAAAGGUCUCUGCUUUGUGACAGUGAUGACAGUGAUGACAGUGAUAUCCUAGUUAGAAAAGCAGGUGCCAAACGCCCCUGCAGGAUGGUUGAAGAUGAAGGUUCUUCACUGGAAAUGGAGCAAGAAACCCCUGGAAAAUCACCAGCUGCUGACAAAGAGCUUGGUAGCAGUGAGGAACUUGAUAGUGACAAAGUGCUUGAUAGCAAAAAGUCUGGUAGUAAUGAGAUACCAGAAAAGGAAACAGAGCUUAAAUUAAUCAAAGUUGAAAGUGAGGAAAGCAACAGUAAACACCUUAUGGACACCAGUAAUAGUUCAACAGAUGAAGAAAAAAUAAACAAAACCAAACAUAAUGACUUACCAGAUGAUGAAAAUCACCCAGGUCAACCAGAGAGUGAUCUCAACAAAUAUACUGGACAAAUCAUAGAUGAGGAUAUUGAAGAUGAAUGCAUCAAGCCAGGAAAAAGGAAAAGGUCUCUGCUUUGUGACAGUGAUGACAGUGAUGACAGUGAUAUCCUAGUUAGAAAAGCAGGUGCUAAACGCCCCUGCAGGAUGGUUGAAGAUGAAGGUUCUUCACUGGAAAUGGAGCAAGAAACCCCUGGAAAAUCACCAGCUGCUCGAAAGCGAGAAUGCUACCAGAAACUAAAGGAAUGCUCAGAAAGAUCACGCCAGAGACAGAGACGCAACAGUGGUAAAAGUUUUGAGGACUCUGAAAAAGAAUCUUGUUCAAGCGUUGAUGAAGAUGAGGAUGAUUACAGAUAUGAUGAAAAUGGCGAUAAUUAUGUAAUUGAUGAUUUUGUAGUGCCAGAUGAGGAAUGUGAAGAGGAAAGUAAAAAUCAACAAGGAGAAAAUUUGACUGCAUCACAACUGAAAUUAUUAAAACAAAAUUCUCUUUAUUCUUUAAGUGACCGCUAUACUCACUUUAAAAGAGUUGUGAAGGCUCUUCUGAUCAAUGCUCUUGAUGAGUCCUUUCUGAAAUCCUUGUAUGAUGGUACCAGGAAGAAAUCUUAUGCAAAAGAUAUGUUGACAUCUUUUGACUAUUGGGAUAAUGGCUGUAUUCAACCUCGUCUGGAGAACUUAGUCUCUAGAAGUCGAUGGAAAAAACAAUAUAAGGAGCGAGUUGAAAGCUACUCUAACUUAAGUGUCCAUGCCAAGAGCCCCAAGGACUGCACCUGCCAGGCUUGCGGGCUGCAUCGCCACUGUAAAUUCUCCGUGCACCUCUCGGGAAAGCUGUACCACACCAAGACCAUGGAAACAGAUGACUUCAUGUCACAUGACAAGCAGGUAUUUCUUGUUGGCAGAAUUUGUGCUAACCGCACCGAAGUUUAUCAUCAACUGAAACAUUUUAAAUUCCAACUAUACCAAGAAUGCUGCUCCAUUGCAAAAACAGAAGAAGCUGAAGAUGAGGAAGUUAAAAAAACAGUAGAAAGAGUCUUCAGUCAGUCUGAAGAGUGUGGCUGGAUUAGAAAGAAAUAUAAACAACUGCAAGACUAUCUCGACUCUGCAGAUAAUUUUCAAGAUGAGAAGUUUGACUGACAGACACUCCUUCAGAGAAGAUUUUAUACAUUUCUGUAAAUGUGAAGAUCAUGAGUUUUGUUUCUUUGUAUCAUAUGACAUUUGUUGUGUAUUCUAUGUGUGUCUUUGUGGCAAAAUAUCUUGUUUAUAUGCUCCUUUGAUUUUUAUGAAGUACCACAGCGAAGUCAAAUAAACCUUCACACAUGUACAUGGAGAACAUGAGCUUUGUGAUUUGAGAAUCCCUCAAUGUAUUUUAGUUAUGUAUCAAUGCUUUUCCCACAGAUGAAUAGCAGCUGAAUGUGCUAUCAUGUCCUGUCAGUUUAGAAGAAAUAGAAUGCAUUAAAAUAUAUUUGGACUGACCUGAAGAGGGCUCAGUCAGUACAGUACUUGCCUUACAUGCACAAGGACUUGAGUUCAGUCCCCAGAACUACAUUUAAAAUAAAAGCCAGAUGUGAUGGCAUGUACUUGUUAUCCUCUGACUGGGGAGAUAAAGGAGGCAGAUCCCAGAGGCUUGUUGGCCAGGCAGACAGCCUACUCAUGCCAGUGAGAGACCUUGCCUCAAAAAGCAAAAUCACUGGAGCUUGUUAAGGACUCCCAAGGCUGUCCUCUGAGCUCAACAUGCAUGCAGACACAAAUGUCUAUAUGUCUACAUGUGUGCGGCCAAACACAUGCCACUUCACAUCCACACUAUAUAUGCAAUAUACAUAUAUAGUGAGAAUCAUACCUAUUUGUAUGUAUUGUUGUACCCCUUGGAAAUACUAAAGAAUCUUCAGUGUAAAUGUCUAAUUAAUGUCCCCUCAAUCACUGAGCCAUGGUAGAAGCUUCAGACUACCCUGCAUUCAAUAGCCUAGCCUCAGAAUGAGAGCACAGCUUAUCUACUCCAGGUACAGGAGAACUUGAUUCUGCUAAAGUUUCCCUUAUAAAUGUCUCAUCCCCAGAGUCUUUCAAUCCUCACAUUCAGGAAGAACUUCUUGAUAUAUAUUUUCAUUCUGUAUAAUGUUCUGUCUUGUUUCUGUACAGUUUUAUCUGGAAUGUAUUAAAGAUUGAGAUGUAUUUAUGAUUUUUUAACUAUAUCUUUCUCUGUGUAAGUUUGUAUGUAUAUGUUCCAAUCUGAAGAUGUGAGAGACAAAGUAAGCCAAAAGCACUUUAAAGGCUUAUUUUUGUGCCUACAUAACUUUGCACUUCCUAAUUUUUCCAUAAUCCAAUAAAGUAAAAUGGUUUCAGAGUAA